UAACACAGAGUGAAGAUCUUUAGAAAAAUAUUAAUUGCUGCUUUUAGGCUGACGGGAUAAAUACAGGCUGCUGAACCCCAAUGAUAUUCAGCAUCAUGUCAGCAUUAAGAUGUUCAUGUUGUGUUUAAAUCUGUGUAUUGUUCUCUUCUGCUGAGGAGCGAAUGAAUUGAGUCAUUACACUCUUCUAAUCAGACGACCUGCUUUUGUUCUUUAUCUCUCACUUCUCUUUAUUUAUAUGACACCUCUGUCUCAGUCACUGGUGCAGUCCAGAAAAGCCGCCAUUUCGUAUUCACUGGCCUCUCGACCCUCACUCAAGGACGAGGAGCUGAAGAGUCACGUGUACAAGAAAUCGCUGCAGGCUCUGAUCUACCCCAUCUCCUGCACCACGCCACACAACUUCGAGGUGUGGACAGCCACCACACCCACCUACUGCUACGAGUGUGAGGGGCUGCUGUGGGGUCUCGCACGCCAGGGCAUGAGGUGCACCGAGUGUGGGGUCAAGUGCCACGAGAAGUGCCAAGAGCUUCUCAAUGCCGACUGCCUACAGAGGGCAGCGGAGAAGAGCAGUAAAACAGGUGCAGAGGACCGAAACCAACACAUCAUCUCCGCCAUGAAAGACCGCAUGAAGAUACGCGAGAGGAACAAGCCUGAGAUCUUUGAAGCCAUUCGCACCGUCUUCAUUGUCACCAAGCUGAACCACGCUCAGCAGAUGAAGACUGUUAAACAGGCCGUGUUGGACGGAACCUCCAAAUGGUCUGCUAAGAUCUCCAUCAAAGUACUGAGUGCUCAAGGUCUGCAGGCUAAAGACCGCACCGGCUCCAGUGACCCCUACGUUACGGUGCAGGUGGGCAAAACCAAGAAGAGAACCAAGACCAUCUACGGAAACCUGAACCCAGUGUGGGAGGAAACGUUCAACUUUGAGUGCCAUAACUCAUCAGACCGUAUAAAAGUCCGUGUUUGGGAUGAAGAUGAUGAUAUAAAGUCUCGGGUGAAGCAGAGGCUGAAGCGAGAGUCAGAUGACUUUCUGGGUCAGAGCAUCAUUGAGGUCCGGACACUGAGCGGAGAGAUGGACGUGUGGUACAACCUAGAGAAGCGCACAGAUAAGUCGGCUGUGUCAGGAGCCAUCAGGUUACAGAUCAGUGUGGAGAUUAAAGGAGAGGAGAAAGUGGCACCGUACCACCUACAGUACACCUGCCUACAUGAGAAUAUCUUCCACUACCUGAUGGACAUUGAGGGACAGGGUGUGGUGAAGCUGCCUGAUGCUCGAGGUGACGAUGCUUGGAAGGUUUAUUUUGAUGAAGUGGAGCAGGAAAUUGUAGACGAGUUCGCCAUCCGCUACGGCAUCGAGUCUAUCUACCAGGCAAUGACACAUUUUGCAUGUCUCUCCUCUAAGUACAUGUGUACAGGGGUUCCUGCGGUGAUGAGCACUCUGCUGGCAAACAUCAACGCUUUCUUUGCUCAUCCCACCUCCAGCACCAGUGUUUCCGCUAGUGACCGCUUUGCCGCCUCCAACUUCGGGCGAGAACGCUUCAUCAGGCUCCUGGAUCAGUUACACAACUCCCUUCGCAUAGACUUGUCUAGCUACAGGAAUAAUUUCCCAGCCAGCAGCAAAUCUCGCCUAUUAGACCUCAAGUCCACUGUAGACCUUCUGACCAGCAUCACCUUCUUCAGAAUGAAGGUACAGGAGCUUCAGGCGCCCCCACGGGCUGCUCAUGUGGUGAGGGAUUGUGUGAAGGCAUGUCUCAACUCCACAUAUGAGUACAUCUUCAACAACUGUACUGAGCUUUACAGCACACAGUUCCAGACACACACACAGCCUCAGAAACGAAAGAAAGAGGGGGAUGGGGAAGAGGAGAAAAAGGAGGAUCUAAAUGAGGAGGAGGCAGGGCCAAGCAUCCUGAACCUGGACUUCUGGCCCAAAAUUAUCACACUCAUAGUGUCCAUCAUUGAGGAGGACAGGAACUCAUACACACCUGUUAUAAACCAGUUUCCACAGGAGCUGAAUGUAGGGAGACUGAGUGCUGAUGUCAUGUGGACGCUUUUUGCUCAGGAUAUGAAGUAUGCACUAGAAGAACACGAGAAACACAGGCUGUGUAAGAGUUCUGACUACAUGAACCUUCAUUUCAAAGUGAAGUGGCUCUACAACGAGUACGUCAGAGAUCUGCCCUCUGUCUCGAACACGGUGCCCGAGUACCCAAACUGGUUUGUACCGUUUGUGCUGCAGUGGUUGGGUGAGAAUGAGGAUGUGUCCAUGGAGUUCAUGCACGGUGCUCUGGAGAGGGACAAGAGAGAUGGGUUCCAGCCGAUGUCUGAGCAUGCUCUGUUCUCCUGCUCGGUGGUGGACGUCUUCACGCAGCUCAACCAGAGCUUUGAUAUCAUUAAGAAGCUUGACUGUCCCGACCACAGCAUCGUGGCCCAGUACCACCGCCGCUUCGCCGAGACCAUCAGUAAAGUGCUGCUGCAGUACUGCACCUCUCUGUCCAACAGCUUCCCAUCUUACUGCGAGAAGGAGAACACGCCCUGUGUGUUGAUGAAUAAUGUGCAGCAGAUGCGGGUGAUGCUGGAGAAGAUGUUUGAGUUUAUGGGAGCCAAACAGGAUGAGAAGAGAGACAAAGAGAAAGAGUUGGACUCAGAAGCAGCAGAAAUCUUGAACGACCUUCAGGUUAAACUCAACAUUGUUCUGGACAACCUGAGUGCUGUGUUUGCUAAGAGUUUCCAGGCCCAUAUCAGUGUGUGUAUGCGUCAGGUGAGUGAGAUGGUGCAUCAGGUUAAAGGUCCUCUGAACCAGAACUCCAGGAACAGCGCCGACUCGGAUGCCGUCACAGUGCUCAGGCCGCUCAUGGAGUUUCUCGACUCACAUCUGAGUAUAUUUGCAGAUGUGUGUGAGAAGACAGUGCUGAAGCGAGUGCUGAAGGAUCUGUGGAAGAAUGUUCUGAUCUGCAUGGAGAGAACCCUUGUACUGCCCGAGAGUAACGACAGCAUUGGUGCUCAGCUCCUGACUGCAGCCAAGGAACUCUCCAAACUAAAGGGAGGGGGCGAGGCCAAGUACCUGUCCCCAAGGCAGUGUGUGGUCAUGGAGGCGGCACUGGACACUCUUAAGCAUUUCUUUCAUGCAGGUGGUGAUGGUCUGAAGAAGUCGUAUCUGGAGAAGAGCGAUGAACUUCGCUCUCUUCAGUACGCUCUGUCUCUUUACGCACAGAGCACUGAUGAGCUCAUCCGCACCUUCAUCAUCACACAGCACUCACAGGUGCAUCAUGGCACAAGCUUGAGGAUCACACCUAAAGAGAGCUUACGACCUGAAAGAGCAUCUGUUGAGCAGUUUAUAGGUGAAGCUGUUAUUCAGGUGGACACGACGCCCUCCACUACCAACACUGAGCAGAAGAUCACAGUCAAAGUGAUCGGGGUGAGCGAUAUGAAGUGGCAGACCUCAGGACUUUUCCGCCCGUUUGUGGAAGUCUCCCUAAUCGGCCCAAUGCUCUUAGACAAGAAACGGAAAUUCACCACCAAAUCCAAGAAUAACUGCUGGACGGCUAAAUACAACGAGAGCUUCCUGUUUGUUCUGGGUAAAGGUGUGAGUGCCGAGUUCUAUGAGCUGCAGGUGACGGUGAAGGACUACUGCUUUGGGCGGGCAGACCAGGUGGUGGGCGUGGCCGUGAUCCCAUUAGCCCUGGCAGUUGGACCUGAGAGUCGGAGCUUCGUGUGCUGGUGCCCACUGGCCCCAAGCAUCACUACAGAUCAGACUGGAACCACGACUCUGCGCAUCCUCACCCAGCGCCAUGACGAUGAGAUCGCCAAGGAGUUCAUUCGACUGAAGAGUGAGAGACGACCGACAGAGGAGGGGAGGUAGAGAGAGAUAGCAAUAGUGCACAGCAGAAAAAGAUGGAAGACUCUCUCUCACACACACACACACACACACACACAGACAUAAACACACCUAAUUUUGACAAGUUGUGUGGCUUCUGGCUCAAAUCUACACAUUUACCCAGAAUUUUUUGCAGAUAUUUGAGCAAUUAAAAAAGUUGACAUACAUGUAUGUUUUUUUGUUUGUGUGUGUGUGUGUGUGUGUGUGUGUGUGUGUGUGUGUGUGUGUAAGAGAGAGAGAGACUGCAUGUGUGAACCCAAAGCCAAUUUCAUUUUGCCAAACUCUGGCUCUUUAUUCUCUUUGCUAUUGGUGGCCUUAGAAAGGGGCGGAGUCACAGUCCCCAGUUACUGCGCUUUUUUCUUGCCUUUUUGAUUGACACAUGAAAAAACAAUAAUUCUUCUCAAUAAGUCAUUUCAAGUAUACGAACCGAUCGGCUGGAGAUAUUUAUCAAUAUGGGUGUUGUUUGAAAACACACACACACACACACACACACACACAAAAACGAAUACACACACUGAGCUUUACUGCCUCUAAUAUGCUGAUCACUGCUAUUGGUCAGCUUGCUAUGCAGUGAUUGGCUGAGAGACAUGAUGUGUAGCUGAAUUGUGCAUUUUACAGGAGUGAACCCAAAACAAUGUGUUUAAUAAUAAUAAUAAUAAUAAUAAUAAUAAUAAUAAUAAUAAUAAUAAUGUGUGCCAAACAGUUUAAAGGUUUGGAUUUAAUUGCAUCAUUAACUCACAGCAUGGAGUUACUGUACAUUUUACUUUACGGACUGUCAAAAUGUGGAAUCAGAUAUUUAUUUAUUUAGUUAUUAUGAGAUGCUCAUGUCUUACAUUUUCCUGUAUCAACAUGUGAAUUUUGUAAAUAAAUGAUUU